GGACUUGCAGGAAACUGAAUUAGCGUAAAAUGAAUUCAUUUUAUGCCUUUCAAAAAUGAACUAUUGACUUGUCUAUAGAGAAAAAUUAAACAAGUGAAACUAAAGGUGUCCAGAUGGAUAAUUUCAGUGCAUCCUUGGAGAUGGGAGUGAACAGCACAAUGCUGAAGACAAUGCCACAGGAUCUCCUGGAAGUGCAAGUGGUCACCAUUCUGUUGGCUCUGCUGAUCUGCGGAGUGGGCAUUGCUGGCAAUAUCAUGGUGGUUUUGGUGGUUCUCAGAACAAAGCACAUGAGGACUCCUACUAAUUGCUAUCUGGUGAGCCUGGCCAUUGCAGAUUUGAUUGUAUUGCUAGCAGCAGGUCUGCCCAACAUUUCAGAGGUGGUUGCCUCCUGGAUUUAUGGUUAUGCAGGCUGCCUCUGUAUUACCUACCUGCAGUACCUUGGUAUUAAUGUGUCAUCUUGCUCCAUCACUGCCUUUACUAUUGAGCGCUAUAUUGCCAUCUGCCACUCUAUCAAAGCCCAGUUUAUCUGCACAGUAUCGAGAGCAAAAAAAAUCAUUGCCUGUGUUUGGAUCUUCACAUCUCUGUAUUGCAUCAUGUGGUUCUUCUUAGUGGACACUAACGAGACCAUAUAUGCUAAUGGAGUGGUGGUGAAGUGUGGCUACCGUGUCUCAAGAAACCUUUACAUGCCAAUUUACUUCCUGGACUUCACCUUGUUUUAUGUUAUACCGCUCAUCUUGGCAACAGUGCUUUAUGGACUCAUUGCUAGGAUUCUAUUCAUGAACCCUCUUCCUACCAAUCCACAUGACAGAGCGGGCAACGACUCCAUUCACCAAGGGCGAGCCAACAACACCAUCAAGAUGUCAUGCAAGUCCAGCAAGGGGGCCAUGAGCUCAAGGAAGCAGGUAACCAAAAUGUUAGCAGUGGUGGUAAUCCUGUUUGCCCUGCUCUGGAUGCCCUAUCGCACUCUGGUGGUGGUCAACUCCUUGAUGGACCCUCCGUACCUAAACACCUGGUUCCUUCUCUUCUGUAGAAUGUGCAUUUAUUUGAACAGCGCCAUCAACCCAAUCAUCUACAACUUGAUGUCCCAGAAGUUCCGAGCAGCAUUCAAGAAGUUGUGCAAGUGCAAGAAGCAACGACAAGAAAAAGAGACCAAAUAUACACUGCCUGUCUACUACAGCGUGAUGAAGGACUCAUCUCAUGAAAGCCCUGACCAUGAUGUCACUGAGCAGGAAGAUAUAAAUGGCUACCCAGUGUCCAGUAAGAAAGUUAAUUUUACUGGAAAGUGCAGUGACACCAGUACGAGGUUUAGUGUGGCAUGA